AAGAGUCUGAAAGCAACGAGAUGAGAGAGAAUGUGCAGACAAGCUUAGAAAACUAAUGGCUAAAAAGCGUGACUUUGACGGCACGCUUGCAGGUAAAGAACAGGGCGAGCUACCAAGAAACACACRCGCAUUUAGUGAGCAGCACAAACUGUGACCAGCAAGUGGGUCUGGAAAAAAGGUUUCGUGAGUUUCUCCUCAACAUGGCACUUUUCCUGCUCUGCAAGACACCYACAGGCACAGUCCGAAUGACCAGGGUACAGCUGCUCCUGUGCUGUUUUCUCCUGUCUCUUAUCAUCUACUUCUUCAAUGGACGUAAAGUUGCCAUCAGUCUGAAGUCAGCUCCUCCCGUCAACCACCCUUUGAGACUGGAGGAGGACAGGAUACUGGAGGACAUGACAGUCAUAAAGGCAGCAGAACCAGAAACUCCUAAUGAGACGCCAUGGGGAGCUCCUAUAGUGUGGGGCGACAGCCAAAAGUCUGUGUUUCGGAAGAACAAAAUCUCCGAACAAGGAGUCUCCAUCGGUCUGCUGAUCCUCGUGGUGGGAACCUACGCCCGCUUCGUUCAACCCUUUCUCUCCUCAGCAGAAAUCCAUUUUCUUCCKGAUCAAAUGGUCACUUAUUUUGUUCUCACAGACAAUCCUCGCACUCUGGAUCCCUCGAUUGAGCUGGGACCUUGGAGACAAAUGAGAGUGCUCCUGGUGGCAGAACUGCCCRGUUGGGAGAGGUUGUCUUAUCGUCGGAUGGGGCUGUUUGCCGACACCAUCCGGAAUUCAAUUGGUAGUGAGGUUGAGUACGUCUUCUGCGCUGAUGUGGACCAAGAAUUUGUGGGCCCAGUUGGSGAGGAGAUCCUGGGAGGCCUAGUGGCUACAUUGCACCCAGAAGUCUAUGGGAUGCCGCGAAACAUGUUUCCUUAUGAGGAUCAGGAAGUUUCAGCCUCUUGCGUGGAGGAGGACGAAGGGGAUUAUUAUUACACCUCAGAGUUUUACGGCGGGUCGCUUUCCCAAAUGCGUAGACUCACCCAUGACUGUUCUCUGCUAAUUCUUCAGGACCAGGCAAACAGGGUAACAGCCAGAGGCCUUGAGGAAAGCUACUUGAACCGCUACCUGAUAGACCACAGGCCAACCCGUGUGCUGUCACCAGAGUACAGCUGGUGGGAUUCACCCCUGACUGCUCGUGUCCCUAAAAGAAGGCUUGUCUCCUUUGGGAGGCAAUGUGAGGCCUUUGAUAUGGAGAAGAAAGAACAGCAGAAAUGUUGAAGGACUGGUUUCCAGAAGURCAGACAAAGACCCCAAUUUACUAAAAAAUGUGCAGCGUAUUAUUUUAGUUCCAGCUUUUGCACAUCCUUUGCAUCCUGCUCUGCCUCAGCAUCGUAUUCACAAAGUAAACARCACAACACACCUGUCAAGUUUUGCAUUAGAUUACAGUUAUCCUUGACCCACAAUCUAAACAUAACAGAGUAGAGAAAAAAUGAUGGGGAAAGAGAGGGAUGUUUUUAACAGUGACCUACAGGAAGCAUUUCUUAAAACUAUGACCAACCUUUUUUUUUUCUUUAUCCGCCAUCAUUGUAUCAUUCUGUUCUUAACUAAUAAAAUGAAAGCUUGGGAUUUA